AUGGCAGGUAGGAAAUUGUGCCAUCUAGAUGUUCAUCUGUUCUGCUUCAUUGUCCCAUGAAGCAGACAGAGAAGCCAGCUGAGAAGUUAAGGAUUUAUAGCUGGGGAUGGAUGAAAUCUUUGGACAACUUAAGAGAUGGUAGCAUACAUGCAAGUGGAUUCUGUGAUAGACAGCAAGAGAAAAUGGAGAAAGGCAGAUUCCCUUAAAUAGCCACCCAAGUUAGUCAAGGUCCCAGUACCCCCCACGGGGCUUAGAUAAGCCAUGACUAAGGCCUAUUCAAUGGCCUUCAGUGGGACUUAGUCUUGAAUAUAUAUUUCACUAGAUGUGCUGAUAAAGUCUGAGGCUCCUUCAAAAACAUAUUUAUUUUCAGUACUACGGACCAUCUACACUGCAUUUUGUAGAACAAUGUACAUUGCACUUGUCCAAAGCAGCUUACGAACCAAGAGUUUCCAGGGAGCAACAACACAAAACAUCAGUUUGGGAGGAAAAGCAGUAGAUAAAUAAGUAAAUAUCCAUAAAUGAUCCACAUUGAUCCAGAACCAAAAGCAGUUUGGUUAGAUUCUGCUCUCGUGUGAGAGCCUGAAAUAGCAAUUGAGAAAUUGCUAUUUCUUUAGAUGAACGAUGAUCUUUGUUGCUGUUGUAACCCCUAUCUCACCAAAUUAUAGAAACAGGUGAGCUUAAUUGGUGUAAGAUUUAGCCGAUGCCUAAAUCUUUAACCGGGGUGGGCCUCUACCAUCACGGAAACUUAGGCCCCUUUCCACUGGAACAGAGGAACCCCGCUGUCCAAAUUGGGAGCCCUGUCCCUAUGCCAUCAGCUGCAAACAAGGAAAUACUUCUGGUCUUCCAGCAGGUAGAACCCCAAACCACCCUGGGACCUCCUCGUACAGGAGUGGUUGCAAACAGAAAUGAACAAACUUCAGGCCUCUUUGCAGAGGAUAUAAUUUUAUGCACCUCUGACCCUAUCACAGCAGGAAAAAUACUAUGUACAGAGUUGGAACAGUUCUUCAGGGUCUCAGGAUUGCAAGAUACUUUUAAGAAAGUGGAGGUCAUGCUUUUUCAUACACCAGCCCAUUCAUACACAACAGACUUCAACAGCAAUGUUGAAGAUUCCAAUAGCUAGGGAAAGUUUUAUAUAUCUGGGGGUGCAAAUUACCCACAAUUUGAACAAACAAGUUGUAUCGGUUUAAAAGCUCUAAAUAUGGAUAUAAUACAUUGGAAUAAAUGAAGACUCUCCAUUAUGGACAAAUUAGUUGCAUUGAACAGGGCCGUCUUUACCCGAGGGUGCAAGGGGUGUGGUGGACCCAGGUAACAAAUUCUGGGGGGCACCAAAUGUAUACCUACUGUAUACUGGUCCCUCUCGAAAAGCAAUGGAGGAAAUGUCCCCGCCCACCACCUCCAUUGCUGUUACUCCGUAGCAUCAAAUAUUGAGCCGAGUCAGGAAACAAAAACAGUUAUUUCUGCUGUAUCAUUUUUGUGGGUGAGUGAUUCUCCUUUGAGUUUGCACCCUCCCCCCCCCCCCAAUCUGGGAGCUGCUAAACUAAAUUUGUGGGCGCUGGGCGGAUCUUUGCACCCCGGUGGCGCAUAUACUAAAGACAGCCUUGGCAAUUAAAAUAAUGAUUGUAACUCCAUUUCUUUUUUUCCAGACUUUAGUGAAGGCCUGAGACGGAGAAGGACCCUGGAACCUAUCCCUGAGGGUUUCCAAAAAAGCCCGCCCAUCCGUGGGAAGGAAGAUAGGAGAGACCUGGCCAUAAAUGGGAUAGGCAUACCUAACCCCCAAAGAAAAAAAUACCAAAGCCCCAGAAGUGGAGAAACGGGGCAUCCGAGAGAACAAAAUAACCCUUGAGAAAAGGCCUAAAAAACACUCCCAAAGCUUCUUUCGGCCGGUGCCCCCUCCCCAGCCCCCCCUCCCUGCCGAUGCCAGCAACCCAAUUUGGGCGGAGGCUGGCACCCCUCUCCCUCCUCAUCCAUGUGGAUUACCCCGAGCCAUUAGCAGGACCAUCUGGCUAGCAUCCACAUGGGUGGGCACCUCCCUCUCACCUUUCCCUCCCCACCUGCUGGAGACCCCUGUCCAGCAUUGCUGGCAGGGGUCCCACCCUACCUGACCCACCAUCUUUGCCCCCCCAACCCUCCAUAUUGCCAGACACCCAGCCCUCUGAAAUAACACCUCCAGCCCCACCUCAUCCAACCCUAGCCCAUCAGGGGAUUAAAUACAUACGAAGCCUCCGGAGAAUUUGAAACAUCGAGUCAGGGGAUGAGAGGUUCCCUCCAUUGACCAAGGUGAGUCUGUGCCCACUCAGUAAACCUCUCAGCUUUGACACAGAUGGAAGGGUCUUGUCCAACUAAUCAGUGUUACCAGUACAGCAAAGUUGGACGUUAUAGGAGAUUUUGCCCACAAGCCAACAAUGCUAACCCAAAUAAUUCAAAGAGGUAGCAAAAUAUAAUUCCCAAAUGCCUGCAAGAGCAUCCUCUGAGGGGCGAGGCACCUCAUCAACAGACUAAUAGUUCUUACCAACCAAGAGGGGAGGUGGGUGCCUUUGCCGCCUUUCCCCUACCUCCAAAACCUAUUAGAAGCGAAAAAGGAGAAUGCCGACAACUAAAUAGGAAUCCCAUCCACUCAGAACUCCUGUGUCCCGUCUUAACCCUCUCUGUCACUGACCUCAUGGACAAAAUGCACAUAGAUGACCACCAGUACAAUUGCCAACUAGACACAGGAGCCAUGUUUUCUACCUGGAGUGAAAGCCACCUAAACCCAAGGAAAACUUGCUAGAGGUAAAGCAGGAGCACCUAGAGAUACUUUGGUAACUGGAGGCAGCAGUGCCCCCUUGGUUCUGGGGUACCACUCAGUGGUAUAGCUAGAGGGGUGUGGGAGGGAUGGGUGAGGGGAGGUGAGAAGGGGAGCUGUGGUUUCUUGUUGGGAAUGAGCUGUAGUUUGGUGGCUAAAACACACUUUUUGUAUACAGGAGGGUCCUAAGUAGUGUAGACAUUGCUGAGCCCGGCAGGCCCCGCAAAUUUCCACCAUUGUUUGUUAAUCAGGUUAAAACAUUAGCAGAGUCAUUGUAAAUUCAGCAGUGUAAAGUAUUAUAGAUAUAGCGGGAAGGGAGAAAUAUGAAUAUAAGGGGAAAUUAGAAUAGGCAGUCUUAAUGGAUGAAGAAAUAGAACCAUGGAAGGGGGAAGGGAAGGUUAUAUUCAGUGAAAUGUAAAACACUCUAAUGAAAAAUGAUAAAUACAGUACAGUUAUAAAAAAGGGGGAACUGAAAGACAAGUACCCGCCCCCCACAAAAAAUAUAUCCUGCAGCAAUUGAUGCCAUUUUGGUGAAAAUUGAUCCGGGAGCUGAAGAACCUUCCCUUUCAGGGUUUUUCAUCGUGAAGGACCAUAGUUGCUUGCCUUCCUUUCCGCAGGGAUUUUGCAGAAGACCACCCUGGUGGGCUGCAUCUAACAUACUUAGGAAUAUAUUAUGAGCAGACGUUUGAGUUUUCUGCCCCAUUUUGAGGAAAAGACCUAAAAGAUACCUGGUCAUCAUGUCCUUGCACGUAUUCCCAAGGCGGAGUGAUGGCUCUGUGGAUUUUUACCGGGACUGGGUUCUUGCAAGAGAUGUUUUGGAAGCCAGCUGAUGGAAUUCUGGCUGGGAAAUGACCACCUUCACCUGCAGACCUCCUUGGGUAAAUGGCACUCCUUCUUCACUUAAGUCCUUCUGCUCUGACCUCCACUUUCUAUUUCACCGCCAUCUCCAGGGUCCUCUCCUUGUGAAGGUGGGAGAGCCAGUGUGCUGUGUGACAGUUAGAGUGUUGGACUGGACCCAGAGAAGCCCGAGUUCAAAUCUCAUGGUGAGAGAGUGGUGCAAGAGUCAGCAGAUGCACACAUGAGAAGCUUCCUGCCAGACUGUGACUGUGUCUAGGUCUCCUUCCAUAGCUAUCCUCUGCCCACCUCUAGGGAGGAAGGGUGGCUGUGGUGUGGAAUCACAAGGCUGGGGAGAAGUAGCAGGCGGCGUGACUCCCCCCAGACUUGGAGAAAUGUUUGGGCCAACUGAAGUAGGCAAGGAGGGUGAGGCCCUUCUGCGGUGGGGAGGGUGGCUUUUUGUGUGACACCUUUUAAAGACCAUUCUAACCUUAUGUGUCACACUUGGGGGUGGGGGGGUGGCAGCUGCUGCUUUGGGAUCUGCACCCCAAGGUGUUGCUACAAGCCAUUUUUUUUACUGCAAAGGAUAAUAGACCUUGGGUGAUUCUAUUGCACCCCCUGGUGAUGUCAUUGGGAGUGCAACAUGGUCCAGCUUCCCCUCCCUCCCUUACAGUUCACAGUGACUAAAGUGUCCUCUCUGGCCAUUAUAUAGGUGACGCUGUAGCAGAGGGAAAAUGAGGUCCACAGUUUCCUUUGCCUUGAUGGUGUGUAGCAAGAAUCUCUGGCUUUUCCCUCUGUUGCCUUACAAACUGGCAACAGAGGGAUUAUCACAUAUGUGCAAACUUGGUCUGACUUUGACUGGAGUUUGUUCUCUUCCUCACAGGCAAUUCGCUUUCUUGUCAUGCCUUUCUCAACCAAGAACAAACAGCAGGAGCCCAAGAACCGGAAAUAUGCAGAG